AUGGCGGCGGCGGCUGCAGCAGAGGAGGCCCGGCUGCUGGCCUGGCUGCGCGGCCCGGCGGCGGUGGGGCCCGGCGGCCCUGAGCUCUCCGCUUACGUGUCCGAGCUGGCGGCGCUGGGGUUGGCGGAGCUGGGCCGGGAGCCGGCGCGGUUGGCGGCGGAACGGGCGCGGGUCGGGGCGGAGACGCGCCGCUUGGCCUUCGAGCAUUACCGGGCCUUCAUCCGGUCCGCUGAGUGCACCGGCCGUGCCGGCCGCGGCUUCGGCGGCAUCGAGAGCCGGCUCGGUAGUCUGCUGGACCGCCUGCCUGCAUUGCAGGAUGCCUGCCGGAACUUCAUGCGCGAUGCCGAGGAGAUCGCCUGCAGCCGGCGCAUGAACAGCCUGACGCUGAACCGGCACACGGAGAUCCUGGAGAUCUUGGAGAUCCCACAGCUCAUGGACACCUGCGUCCGCAACGGCUACUACGAGGAGGCUCUGGAGCUCGCUGCCUACGUGCGCCGGCUGGAGAGAAAGCACAGCAGCAUCCCUGUCAUCCAGAGCAUUGUGGAGGAGGUGCGCCAGUCCACCCAGCUGAUGCUGAACCAGCUGAUCCAGCAGCUCCGCACCAACAUCCAGCUGCCCGCCUGCCUGCGGGUCAUCGGUUACCUGCGCCGCAUGGACGUCUUCACGGAGGCUGAGCUGCGCAUCAAGUUCUUGCAGGCACGAGAUGCCUGGCUGCACUCCAUCCAGGCCUCCAUCCCUGACAAUGACCCCUACUUCCACAUCACCAAGACCAUUGAGGCCUGCCGUGUCCACCUCUUUGAUAUCAUCACCCAGUAUCGUGCCAUAUUCUCUGAUGAGGAGCCGCUCCUGCCCUCUGAGGGGCAGACACUAAAUGAGGGGGCCAUCUUCCAUGGCUGGGUGCUGCAGAAGGUUUCUGAGUUCCUGCGGACGCUGGAGCAGGAUCUUCAGCGUGGGGUGGGCAGCCGCCUGGACUCGCUGCUGGGGCAAUGCAUGUACUUUGGCCUCUCCUUCAGCAGGGUGGGAGCUGAUUUCCGUGGGCAGCUGGCUCCCCUCUUCCAGCAUGUCGCCACUGCUGCUUUCAAGAAGGCAGUAGAGGAGGCAGUGGAGAAGUUCCGGGAGGAGAUGAAUUCCUACACACUCAUCUCCACUCCAGCUGUCCUGGGGGGCAGUGCUGGGGUGCCAGUGCCUGUGGCCCAGCCAGGGACUCUGCAGCCACCCAUGGUGCUGCUGGACUUCCCGCCUCUUGCCUGCUUCCUCAAUGGCCUCCUAGUCGCUUUCAAUGACCUGCGUCUCUGCUGCCCCAUUGCCGUGGCCCAGGAUGUCACCACCUGCCUGGAGGACGCAUUGGGCGAGGUUACCAAAACCAUCCUUAUCUUCCACCGUGCAGAGGAAGCAGCUUUCAGUGCCCGGGAGCAGGAGCUCUUUGCCCAGUUCUGCACAGCCUUCCUGGAAGACCUCCUGCCCUACCUGAACCGUUGCCUCCAGGUCCUCUUUCCCCCAGCACAGAUUGCACAGGCACUGGGUAUCCCUCCCACCCAGCUGCAGCGCCUUGGCCGCCUGGGCCGCAUCGACGUGGAUGCCCUCAGGGAGCCAUUGGCUUUCCUUCUGCCAGCACUAAGUGAGGAAGAGCCAGCCCAGGAAAGCCCCCCACGUCCCCCAGGGGAAGAGGAGCCUUUGCCCAGGAGCCCCCUGCCUGUGGUGGACAUCCCAGAGAGGGCUCCACUGCCAGACAUCCCACCGGCCACAGAGUAGCGGGGCUGGGCCGCGUCACCCCGGGACCCCUGCCCCUUAGUGAUGAAGUGGCCCCAGCCCCUGCCUGCCUAUUUCUGCCCCUUUGCACCGCGCAUCCCCGCAAAAACUGCUUCCUACCUUCGCGGGGCGCUGCGUGUCCUC